AUGAACAGAGCACGCCGCGAAUCCCUCAACUGUCUGAACGCAGACAAGGAGACGCUCGAGUUCUUUGCCGCCCAAGAGCAAAGCCGCCCCUCCCCCGUCAUUCCCCACCAAGAGAAGUUUCCCGGCAGUGGUGGCCCUUCGGGCAGGAACAGAUCGAAAUCGUUGGCGUACGGUCUAACCUGGGCCCAGGCCAUGAACGGUCGAGCUGUCACCCCUGCCGACAUGUUUGGAAUCGACAAUGCGGAUGAUUCGAGCUGGCAGGGUCCUUGGGUCAACAACAACUCUACUGGUUCUGGCUUGUUUGGUGGUGAUGGUGGUAGUGGUAGUGGAGCUGGUGCCGCUGGUAAGGCAGGGGAGGGAGGUGGAGACCCACACCGGUUGCACCAUCAUCAGGGAACGUUGCUCGAUAGUGGGCUUGGAGGAGGUGGUGGAAGUAUUGGUGCUCCUAUUGGGAACAAUGCUAAAACAAUUGCUGGAGCUAAUGCGACGGCGUUUGCUGUCCCUCCUACGAUGCAGAUUGUGGCCGAUACUCCCAAGCUGGCUACGAUGACUUGGGAGUCGACCUUGGAGAGGUCGAUCCGAUCGAUUGUGUCUAUCACGGCUAAUCAUGUCCGCAGUUUCGAUACUGAGACCUCCGGCGCGUACUCGGCAACAGGAUUCCUGGUCGACGCCCAGCGUGGUAUCAUCCUCACCAACCGCCACGUCGUCUCGCCCGCACCCAUCCUCGCCCUCGCCAUCCUCUCCAACUAUGAAGAAGUCGAGCUCAAGCCCAUCUACCGCGACCCCGUCCACGAUUUUGGGUUCAUGCAAUUCGACAUCACCAAGGUCCGCUUCAUGCAGCUUGAGGAGAUCCCGCUCAGCCCCGAACGCGCCCGUGUCGGACUCGAAAUCCGAGUCGUAGGAAACGAUGCCGGAGAGAAGCUCAGUAUCUUGGCAGGAACCCUGGCCAGAUUGGAUCGACAGGCACCCGAGUACGGUCAAGGGGAGUACAAUGAUUUUAAUACGUUUUACCUCCAGGCGGCUUCGUCGACUAGUGGUGGAUCUUCUGGAAGUCCAGUGCUGGAUAUUGAGGGACACGCUGUUGCGUUGAACGCUGGAGGCGCUAGCAAGGCGUCGGCGUCUUACUACUUGCCCUUGGACCGUGUCAAGCGCGCACUCAUGUAUAUCCAGGCGGGAGAGCAGGUACCUCGUGGUACCCUCCAGACCGACUUUGAUUACUUCCCCUACGAUGAGCUGCGUCGUCUCGGUCUCAAGACCUCGAUGGAGGAGCAGAUCCGCAUCCAGUUCCCGAACGAGACUGGAAUGCUGGUCGUCAAGACUGUCCUGCCCAAGGGCCCCGCCGCCGACCAGCUUAUCCCCGGAGACAUUGUGAUCCAGUGCAACGGCAACCCGAUCGCUAAUUUCAUCCAGCUCUUCACUGUCAUUGACGACUCUGUCGGUCAGAAUGUCAGUCUGACGGUCGUCCGUGGAUCCAACUCGAAAAUGUUGACCUUUACCUUUUUGGUCCAGGACCUUCACUCGAUUACUCCUGACCGGUUUGUCGAGGUCGGUGGUGGUGUUGUCAACGAGUUGUCGUACCAGCUGGCGCAUUCGUAUGGUCAGCCCUGUGGAGGCGUCUACGUCGCGACGUCGGGACAUAUGUUGGCCUCGGCUAGUGCAUGGCGCAAGAGUAUUAUUGUUGCGGUCAACAAUAUCCCGACUCCCAACUUGGAUGCCUUUGUUCAGGCGCUGAGUACUCUUCCCGAUGGUGCUCGUGUUCCUAUUCGGUUCUAUACUCUCCAAAAGGCCUUCAAGGAGAAGAUCAUGAUCAUGCAUGUUGAUCGCCAUUGGCAUAAGUGUCGCAUGGCCGUCCGCAACGACAAGACGGGUCUGUGGGAUUUUACGGACUUGCCUCCACCACCUCCAUCUCAGCCCUACGCUCCAGCAACGGCGAUCUACCCGACCAUCAAUGCCGCCCUCCACCCAGCACCCAUCAUCAUGCCCUCUUUCGUCGCUAUCGACUUCCAUCUGCCCUUCUUGGUCGAUGGUAUGAAGGCGACGCAGUUCUACGGCACUGGACUUGUAGUCUCGACCAACCCACCCCUUGUCAUCUGCGACCGUGACACUAUCCCCAUCUCGAUUGGAGAUAUCUUUAUCACCUUUGCCAACAGUGUCAUUAUCCCCGGCCGACUCGUCUACCUCCACCAGCACUACAACUUUGUGGUCCUGACCUAUGAUGCUACCCUGUUGGCAAACACCCCCGUCAAACCUGCGACGUUCAGUCGCAAGCCGCUGAUGCAGGGAGAUGAGUGCUACCUGGUCGGUGUUGGCACGGAUCAGUCACCCGUCAUCAAGAAGACUACAGUCUCGAACGUCGGCAACAUUGGAACCCGCGAGUGCUCCCCUCCUCGCUGGAGAGCCAUGAACGUCGAGGGCAUCAAGGUCGAUGACCCCGUCGGAACCCAGGGAGGUGUACUCUGUGACGGCGAUGGACUUGUCCAGGCCCUGUGGGUCAACUAUUCGUCGCAGGAUGAGAAGGGUAACGAUAUUACGUUCAUGUCUGGAUUGGAUGUCGAGGCUGUGACCCAGGUCACUGAGCCCUUCAUGAGAGGCGAGUACCCGAAGCUUCGAGCGUUGGAUGUUGAGUUCUGGACGAUGAGGAUUGCGGCGGCUAGAUCUUUGGGGUUGACGGAUGAGUGGGUCCAGAAGAUUGAGAGUGAUCCCAAUUCGAAGCAUUCGUUGUUGUAUGUUUUGAGUCUGUUGGAUGCUAGCACGCCUUGUAGUCAGAUGUUGAAGGUUGGAGAUAUUGUUCUAGAGCUUGAGGGUCGUGUUGCUACUGGUAUGAAGGACCUCGAGCGCGCUCGGAACGUCGAAAGUGUCAGAAUGACGGUACUCCGUGAAGGCCAGGAGUUGUGCCUGAUAGUCCCAACAAUCCCCCUAAUCGGCACAGAUACCAACCGAAUCCUCGCCUGGGCUGGAGCGCUGAUCCAAACGCCCUACAAGGCCGUCCUCGAACAAGUCUCAAACGUCCCCCAAGGCGUCUACGUCUCCUGCACACUCUACGGGUCUCCCGCCUCAACAGCCUUACGCCCUGGUGUCUGGAUCACCGAGAUCGACGGUGUCCCUGUCGCAAAUCUGGACGAGUUCCUGGACGCGGUCCAUCAUCACGAGAACAAGGUGGUUCGGUCUCGACAGGGAAGUGUUUGUGAAGUUGCGUUGAAGCGGUUGUCGCUCGCUUCUGGAUCCAAGCGCCUGUCGAGCACUGUCCUCCACAACCAGCACAUCCUCUCCCACCCCGAGUGUCUCCCUGCCAAUUAUGGCCUUGGCCUUGCCUCCACUGGUAUUGCAGCCACUGGUGAUGUCCAUCCCCACGAUGGACCACCUAUGCACGCUCCCGAGAAUGGAACAGGACCCUUGGAAAUCUCUCAGUCCCCUAACACUUCGGUCCCCGGAUCGCCCACAAUGGGCAACCCUGACGAUGCCGCGCAGUCGCAAGGGUAUGUCCGUAUCAAGAUUCAGGCGCGUAACGGAACUGUUUCUGUGAUUGCGAUGAAGCUGGAUCCUAUUUAUUGGAGUACGACUCAGUUGCUGCCUGAGCCUGAGAGUGUUAGCGGAUGGAAGAUGGUUGAUGUCUUGUAG